UUACCGUUUUACGACAGGAAAUUAUCAUCAAUAUUUCCAAGAUGGCCGCCUAAAGUGUCAAAACUUGUAUCGCUGCUGUAUUUAUACUUAUUUUAACGCGCACUGAAGCAAAAUGUCUCGUUCAGAAGACGUGUUGUUGAUGGUAAGCCACGUGCGACACAAGAAAGUCGAAGGGACGCUGUUCCUGAUGGGGGAAAGGCUUGCGUGGAGCGCCAACAGUGCCGGCGAGCGGCUGGGAGUCAGCCACAACUAUGCAGAUAUCCGAUCUCAGAAGAUCAGCCCAGAAGGAAAAGCUAAGAUCCAGUUACAGCUGGUUCUGCACACAGGGGACACGUGUAACUUCCACUUCAACAACCCGGAGGGGAACCCUGAACAGCUGAAGGAUCGGGAUGCUGUGAAGGAGCUGCUACAACAGCUGCUGCCCAGGUUUAAAAGUCAGGUCAACAAGGAACUGGAGGAGAAGAACAGACUUCUACAGGAAGACCCACAGCUGUUUCAAUUGUACAAAGACUUAGUUGUCAGUGGAGUAAUCACAGCAGAGGAGUUCUGGACCAACAGGGCACAGACAAAACAGUCAAAUGCACCCAAAGGGAGUCAGGAUAUUGGAGUAUCUGCAUCAUUCUUGGCUGACAUCCGACCCCAGAGUGACGGCUGUAAUGGCAUUAAGUACAACCUCACAGCUGACAUCAUAGCCUCUAUCUUCAAAACAUACCCUGCAGUGAAGAAAACCCAUGCUGAAAAUGUGCCCCACAACCUGAGUGAGAAGGAGUUCUGGACGAGGUUUUUCCAGUCUCACUAUUUCCACAGGGACAGGAUCAACCAUGGCAAGGACCUGUUUUCUGACUGUGCAAAGAACGAUGAGAAAGAUUUACACAAGAUCAUACAGGAUAAGGUCAAGGAUUCAUUCCUGGACUUGGAAUCUUUAGAUGAAACAUCUCUUGUUAAAGAUGAGGGAUAUGGCAAUAAGUCAGCAGAUACCAGCACUGCCCCCAAACACUCAGUGAACCAGGCUAUCAUCAGGAGGUUUAACUACCACAGCACCAUGGUGCUGGAGGCUUGUAGGAAUAAAAGGUCCUCAGAAGAAGACAUCUUAUCAUUAGGUUUAGGUGGUUCAGGAGACAACAGUAACUCCAGUGUGUGGUCACAGUCCCUAGCCCUAGGACCACCAUCAAAAAAGGCAAGACUAAGAGAUGCAAUAUCAUAUGAAGACCUGGGGGAGUCCACGGCAACCUCCGCCCCUCCCCUGUCCCUGACGGGGGCUGACAGGUACCUCCAGGGACCAUCCGCUAUACAGCAGGGGGAGUACACCACCAGUCAGGACAUCCAUCGGGCUACACAACAGGUUAAACAGGAGAUAGGGGGAUACCAGGCAGACUUACCAAAUGUUCUCCCGAGCAGUCUGGCUGCCUCCGUCACAGCUGAGUUAUCACCAGGAGGGGUCCUCAUGCAGGCGGGCAUGCAGCAGAGCUUGAAAGAGCUGAUCCCCAAGGACCUGCAGGAUGAGCUACACUCCCUGUACGCGGCCCUAGCAGAGCUCCUGCGCCACUUCUGGCAGUGUUUCCCCGUCACCACACCCGCGCUGGAGGAGAAGGUGGUCAGGAUGAGGGAGACGCUCAGGAGAUUCCAGACCACAAAAAUGCAGCCGUUCCAGGACAAGCUGAGAAGUCAACAUCUACCCACAAAUUUGACAGACCAUCUGACAGAGAUGAUCAACAAUGCUGAAAGAAAAUUUUCCACGUGGAGUAAAAAACGUGGUGGGAGACCUUGACAGACAGGCUGCCUAACCAUAGCAAUAGAACACUUCACAUGGUGGACUUCAGAACUUCAGACAAACUGUGCAUUACACAUCAAUUCUGUUUGCCCAGUUUUUGACAUUUAAAUUGAAUACAUAUACAUACAAAAGGAUUGUAUUGGGAGGGGUUACCAAAAUUAUUUACAAAUCAUUUGUUAUACACUUGGGAGGAGAUAGAACUAGACCUUCAAAACAUUGAUAUUCCUCUUGCCAUGAUAUCUUACCUGGGAUGGAUCAGUCAUAUCUUAGGUGGCUGAAGACAAAGGUGCAGCAGACAACACUGACAACCACAGCUCUGGCUACUCACUGAGUACAGUGACUGGUACAAGGUUUUCUAUAUCAUUAUGGUAGUUUUGUACACGGUUUUGUACAUAGUUUCCUCUAUACGGUAGGUAGGAUAAAGAAUUUGGAUGGUGAUACUAUGUACAGUGUUAGCAUCUCGUGACCUCUUGACACUGGAAUUAUACUUUUGUAAUAAUAUUGCAAUAAAGGCAGAGAUGCAUUGAC